CCCACUGUACGCCCGCCAUCUCCUCAUCUCCUUCACUCUCCCCUCCACCACAUCAUCAUGUCCAAGUUUCAACAAUGUUAGAUGAACCUCCUACUGAACUUGCCCCAUCUACUUCCGUGCAAUCUCCCUCAAGGUCAAGCCAAAAAGCCCGCGAUGGCUAUUUUCAAUGUGGUUUCUGCAAGAAACACUAUAACCGUGCCGACCAUUUGAUCCGCCAUGUUCGGUCGCAUACCCGAGAGAAGCCCUAUGUGUGUCACGUCUGCAACAAAGGCUUCGCUAGACCGGAUCUCAUGAAACGUCACGCCGCAGGCCAUGAUCAACCCCGCGAUGGCAAGAGAAAACGGCCGCCAGUCUUCGCCAAGAGUGGCCGUGUCUCCCAAGCCUGUCGAGCAUGCGCAACGUCAAAGCUCAAGUGCGACGAGGAGAAACCUUGUCGACGGUGCCGAGACAAGAAGCUGGAGUGCGACUGGCAGGAGACAAAUCCCGGCGAGAUGUCUCCCGGUUCAUCAUCGCAAGGUCUGUCGUUGCUCUGCUAUGCACUGGAUCUGCAGCAGCCAGGCACCCCGGCUGAACUCCCACCAGCGUACGAUGAGCCUGACGAGACGGAAAUGUGCAUCGAAACCCCUCAAACACAAGGCGUCUUUCCCUCCCCAGCACCCAUCAUGAAUGAGUUACCGCCACCCAUCGACCCUACCGCGCAGUACGCCACGCCAGAUUUCCCGGUCAGCAACUUCCUGCCUCAGGCACCGGGCUCGGCUCCGCUCGAGGAUCCACUGACCACCAGCUACGAUGCAAUCUCUCCCAGUCUAGACCACGAAAGUGGUAUCUUUAGCAUCGAUGGGACUUUUUUCCCGGAAUUUAUCCCGGAUUCUCUGAUCACCUCUCUGUCACGCCCGGAUCUGGAUCCGUUGUUGAAUCACACCCAAGAGCAUGCUUAUGGGAUCUACGACCAAAACAUACCGUUCAACUUCGAUCUCACCGAAAUAGACUUUGGACUCAUCGAAUACUUCAACUCCCAAGGGAUCACACAUCAUGCGCCCCCCGUUCCUGAGGCACCCAAUGACCGGGUGGAUGUGGAGAGUGGAAUUGCUCUAGGCGCUGAAGCUUAUAAGCGUUCCUCGCUGUCCGUGUGGAAGCCUGCGCAGAGCGAUAAUGCAUUUGCACAUCAAGGCGACCUUGCUAUUCCCAGGACUAUCGACAGCCCCGAUACAAGUCUUCGAACCGAACGGAGGGUUCUCUCUGAACGACUGUCGGCAGGGAGCCGCGAUCUGAUCUUUGGAAUGGUGCUGCAGGCCAGCCAGAAAGCCAACCCCCUUCGGAUCAUGAAGUCGUUCCCGAGUACAGAGCUUCUGGACGGACUGAUACAGGAUUACUUUGCAUACCAAAGCCGGCAGGUCGAUUCCUACAUACACGGUCCAACAUUCCGAAUCAAUGAAGAAAGCUCCGACACCCUUACCGCAAUCGCCGCCGCGGAAGCAACAAGGUCCACUAUUCCAACUAUCCGCAAACUGGGCUACGCACUACUGGAGAUUGUGCGGCUGCAGAUCUCAGAUAAGUACGAAACUGAUAACCGGACGACCCGUGAUCUGCGAGCCUCUCAAACAUUCGCCUUGGUCCUAGAUAUUGGGCUUUGGAGCGGCAACGGUCGAAGGACAGAGAUUGCAGAGAGUUUCCAACAGCCUCUACUAACGAUGCUCAGAAGAGCCUUAAGACUUCGACGGUCUGUUUACACAGUAAUUGUCCCUAGUCUCGCAGAUACUCCGGAGGAACUCGAACAAAAGUGGCGGGAUUGGGCGGAGCUGGAAUCAUUCAAGCGACUGGUACACCAUCUCUUUCUACAUGAUGCCCAAGCCGCGCUGAUGCUGAAUGUCAACCCUCUCGUCUCGUACGCGGAGCUGGAACUUCCUCUUCCUUCCAUCCGGUCCCUGUGGGAAGCGAAGUCGUCGACGGAGUGGAGGGAUGUUUACCUGGCCUCCGGAUUGACUGGCCGGGAGCGACUACCGUCACUGGUCGAUGCUAUGAGAGACAUGUCCCGCUUGCAAACACGUGUUGAUUCACAAUUGGCUGGGUUUGUCGUCUUGCACGGCUUGGCAGCGAUGGUCACGGAGUACCACCGCUUCAGUUUCAUCUCCAAGGGAAGUUCUAAGCACUGGAACGGGUUGGUGAUUAGCUCCCGGCACCAGGAGCUAUCACAGGCCCUGCAGCACUUCCGCAUGGUCUGUUACGAAUGGUCUGAAUUUCCUGGACCGGAAGUGUUCCUGGUCCACGAAGUGAUCUCCAUGUUCUUGUAUAUGUCUCUCGAAGAACUCCAGCUCUUUGCGGGCAAGGAAGACAAAAGAGAGGCUCGUCGGGUGUACCACAGCGCCCUCGAAUGGAUUGAGAGCAGUGACUCGCGGCGCGCCGUGUGGCACGCGGGUCAAGUCAUUCGCGCCGCUAAAGCCAUGGCACCCGGAUCCCUGACUGGGUUCCUGGCCGUUGGGGUGUACUACGCGAGUCUGGCCUUCUGGUCGUACAGUGUAGUUUCCAAAGCCAAGAGUGCGAAGUCGACCGGGCAGGCCGGUGGCAGCCGGUCGCUUGGCCUGAACCCCCGGAAUAACCAAUUUCCCACCACCUACCUCGACGGGGAAGAGACGACGGAGGUGCAGAAAUUCAUUUCGCUGGGAUGUGGAUCGCCGGCCUUACAGGGGCCACAGGGGCCUGCAUUUGUGUCCGAUCCGAGACAGACAAUGGAUGUGGCGCAGGGGCUUCUGCGGGCGGAUGCCUCAAACGAAUCACUCCCUCCACUGGUCCAGGGGCUCUGUCAAUUGAUGGGUGACUUGGGCAAGGCAGCUAAGUCUACGCAAUGAGUGCAAAUUGUACCAGGUUGCCUGUGUGUGGAUUAAUGUAAAAUAUGGAGAGUAUGAUACUAGGA